AUGAGUGAUAACAUCGGCAAUGAAGAGCAGGUUGAGUUUAAAGGGACGUGUUUAGAUUGCUACCUGAUUUACAAAGAGAAUAAAGAAUUGUCCAAACAACUAAACUACUUGCGAAAAGAAAACGAAGAUUUAAAAGACCACCAUGAUACUGCAAAAAGAACACUAAAUGGAUUAAGUAGAAAUCUAGAGGAAACCGAAAGAG